GCUCCUCUCCUCUCCUCUCCUCUUCCUCCCACAGUGAAACACGCGGGGCUUCAGAGGCUCAGAGAAGCUGGACAGACAAACAGACGCUUCCUCCAACUAUGGCUCCAACGACGCUCGGUCAGCGCGCGUCAGUGGAGCGGACUGUGGUGCACGAGCACAGACUGAGGUAAAAAAAAAAGACACUCCUGCAUCUCUCAGCCAGAAACCUGGAGAGAUCCGCUCCAUAUCUGCCGUGCGUACCCGUGCGUACCCGUGCGUACCCGCCGCCUCCUCCGCUCCUCUUACUGGACACCUGGACCUCACCUCCUCCAGCCUCCGUCUCUCUGAGUCUCAACUACUUUAAGGGAAACUUUUGGCUCGCGGGAUCGCUGCAGCUGCACUGAGGCGGGCACGGUUCAGUCUGGAGGUGACGGAGCGUCGUGCGCUCAGGCUGCGGGGGAGACGUGCGAAAUACGCAGCAGCAGCAGCAGCAGCAGCGGCGGCGGUGUGAGAAUAACACAAGCACCGCAAAGUCUCUUAAAGUCCGCGGGUCACAGCUGCGAAGAUGCCGGUUCGGCGGGGCCAUGUGGCUCCGCAGAACACUUUCCUGGACACCAUCAUCAGGAAAUUCGACAGUCAGAGUCGUAAGUUUGUCAUCGCCAAUGCACGAGUGGAGAACUGUGCCAUCAUCUUCUGCAACGACGGCUUCUGCCACAUGUGCGGUUAUUCCCGCGCAGAGAUCAUGCAGAAGCCGUGCACGUGCAACUUCCUGUACGGACCGGACACUAAGCGACUCGCUAUCGCCCAGAUGGCUCAGGCUCUGCUGGGGUCGGAGGAGAGGAAAGUGGAGAUCAACCUCUACCGCAAAGACGCAGUUCCAGAGUCGGCUCAGUGUCACUGGACAAUAGUAUGUGGACAUGUUGACGUGUUGACACAGGGCAAAGACACAUAUCGCAGUCUCCCGCGGGAUGCAGGGACGUGGGCCAAUCAGAGAGAAUUUCAGAGAGAGACGGCCAGAUCGUCGCUCAGUGCCAAUCAUCCCAUGGUGGACCGCUGGCUGGAAAGACAAGAACAGGAGGAAGAGGCCAGAGACGACGAGAACAGCAGGAUCGAGCCAGUAGGACGGGCUGACCACACCUCUGUGAGGUCACUAGAGACUCUUGGCUUGUUGGUCAAGCGUCUGGAGAGGGGAGGCAAGGCCGAGCAGCAAGGCCUCUUCCAGGAGAACGACUGUAUCGUCCGUAUCAAUAAUGGAGACCUCCGAAACAUCCGCUUUGAACAAGCUCAGAACAUGUUCCGUCAGGCCAUGCGCUCGCCGCUCAUCAUGUUCCACGUGGUGCCGUCGUCCAUGAAGGCCCACUACGAGCAGCUGUCCCACACUGAGAGGAACCCGGCGUACGCCUCGGGCCGAUUCAGCCCCGACUCGGUGAGCGGCAGCACCGUCUCCAGCAUCGACCACACCCCGCAGAGGAUGUCGCGACACGGCUCCCACUCUCACCCUCAUUCCCACGCUCACCCAGAGCAGAACAACGGCUACCCACCACUCACUCACCCGCCAGUGUCUGCGGCCAAACCCCCGACAGGCCACGUCCACUCGCCUCAGAGGGCGAUGACCUCCACGCCAACAGCAGGCUACACCAAAAAAGUCGGCAGGCGACUCAACAUCCAGCUAAAGAAAGGUCCCGAGGGACUCGGGUUCAGUAUUACAUCACGGGACGUUCCCAUCGGCGGCUCAGCACCCAUCUACGUAAAGAACAUUCUUCCUCGGGGAGCUGCCAUCCAAGAUGGCCGCCUCAAGGCAGGAGACAGGCUGCUGGAGGUGAAUGGAGUGGACCUGAAUGGACGAACCCAGGAGGAGGUGGUGUCUCUGCUCAGGGCCACGCCCAUGGGCGGAGCUGUGGGGCUCCUCAUCUUACGCCAGGAAGACACGUUCCUCCCCCGAGAAGUGAAGACGGAGGAGGAUGAUCUGGUGCUGACUCCAGACGGGACCAGGGAGUUUCUGACCUUUGAGAUUCCCCUCAGCGACUCGGGCUCGGCCGGUUUGGGGGUCAGCGUCAAAGGAAACCGCUCCAAGGAGAACCACGCGGACCUGGGAAUCUUUGUCAAAUCCAUCAUCAACGGAGGAGCAGCCUGCAAGGAUGGACGGCUACGAGUGAACGACCAGUUGAUUGCCGUCAACGGGGAGUCGCUGUUAGGCAAAACCAACCAAGACGCCAUGGAAACGCUCCGUAAGUCCAUGUCAACAGAAGGCAACAAGCGUGGGAUGAUCCAGCUCAUCGUGGCCAGACGAGUGUCCAAAAGAAACGAGGAGACACCAGGGAGCCCAGUGGGGAACCAGCACGCGAUGAACACUUCUCUCGACGACCACGAGCGCCGCAUCUCGCACUCCUUGUACGGUGGCCUGGAGGGUCUCGACGACAACCUGAUGCCACGACAAGGCAUGAUGCCGCGCACAAUAGGUAAUUAUCAGCUCUCGCCGACCGUCAACAUGCCACAGAACGACACUGUGAUCAUCGAGGACGACCGGCCGCCGCUCCUCCCGUCUCACCUCUCUGACCAGUCCUCGUCCAGUUCCCAUGACGACGUGGGCUUCGCGGCUGACGUGACGCCGCUGUGGGCCCAAGAGCUGCCCACUCCCACUGACAGCGCCCUCCCUCCAGAUGAAAGUCAUCCCAAUUUCCAGAGGGAAGGGUUCGGACGUCAGAGCAUGUCGGAGAAACGCACCAAGCAGUUUGGAGACGCCGGGCAGCUCGAGAUCAUCAAAACACGCAAGUCCAAGAGCAUGGAUCUAGGUUCCUCCACAAAGGACGUGGGACCGUCACUGGGCUUGAAGAAGUCCAGCUCCCUCGAGAGCCUGCAGACGGCUGUUGCCGAGGUAACCCUCAACGGUGACCUCCCCUUUCACCGGCCUCGCCCCCGCAUCAUCAGGGGCCGCGGCUGCAACGAGAGCUUCAGGGCGGCCAUCGACAAGUCGUACGACCGACCGGCUCCGCCGGAGGAGGAGGACGAGGGCAUGGAGACGUUGGAGGAGGACACAGAGGAGAGCUCGCGGUCGGGGCGAGACUCCGUGUCCACGGUGGCCGACCAGACGCCGCUCUCUGGCCCUGAGAAGCCCCUGAAGAAGAAGCAGGAGGGAGGAAAAGACAAGGACAAGGGAAAAGCCAAGAAGGGAAUGCUGAAGGGACUCGGCGACAUGUUCAGGUUUGGGAAGCACCGGAAAGACGAGCGUCCAGGGGAGAAGAUGGACCGCAAAGGCUCCAGCAAGUGGCGGCCCGAGGAGACGCAGGUUUCUGAUGAGGAGACGCUGAAGAUGAGGAUGGAGCAGGAGAGGAUCCAGGCCAAAACCCGGGAGCUGAGGGAGCGGCAGGCCAGGGAACGCGACUACGCCGAGAUUCUGGACAUAAGUCGCACCCCAGAGAGGUCGUCUGAGGAGGAGCACACGUACACCGGCAUCAACCCACUGAACAGCUCCGUGGACAGCGGUCACAGUCGACCCCACAGCCCCCGAGACGAUUACCAUCACAUCCAUCCACACCACCAGCACCAGCAUUCUGACUCGCUUUACACUCAAGUCAGCAAGGCCCGCAAUGACCGGCCUCCAUCUGCAGACAGUAGCCGGUUAGCCCCCAGCAACCACGACCGGAUACAGAGGCUGAGGCAGGAGUUCCAACAGGCGCAGACCGUCCCGGACGACCCCGACGACCGCAGGAGGACCUACAGCUUCGAGCAGCCCUGGUCAAACACCAGCAGCAGCAGCAACAACGACCCGGGUGGGUACAGUCAGUCCGGUCGCCACUCGGUGUCUGUGGAGGUUCAGAUGCAGCGUCAGCGGCAGGAGGAGAGAGACUCGUUCGCCCAGGCACAACGACAGUACAGCUCGCUACCGAGGCAACCCAGGAAAAACCCCAGCUCCGUUUCCCAAGACUCGUGGGACAAGUCGUACCAGCCAGGAGAGGUUUUCCAGACGGCCAAGGACAAUCCCAGGUACUCCAGCUACCAGGGCUCCAGGAACGGCUACCCAGCCGCGGUUGGUGUCAACGCCAGAGUCCUGCUGGAGGCGCAGGAGCUCCUGAGGCAGGAGCAGCGGCGCCGAGAGCAGGAAGCCAAAGGGAAAUUAAUGCAAGAGAGCAACAGCAGCUACGAUGGCUACUCUGCCGCUCACCUGAAGGACCCAGCCUCCCCGAAGGGCCCGUACCGCCAUGAUGUGCCACCUUCACCUUCACAGUUAGCAAGGCUUAACAGAUUAGGAUCAGAGAAGGGACGACUUUUUUAUUCUUGAGGAGUAUUUUUCAGUAACUGCGGAGGAAUCACCUUGAAGAAAGUGCAAAAGAUGACGCUACGAAUCCUGACAACCUCCGGGUCUCAUGGUCAAGUGUGCGCCGGUGACCUUUACUGACCUUUACUGGUCGUCACUCGCCCGACAGAUUCGAGUGCCUUCUCUGCGUUCACAGACAUGACGCUCGGUCACAGGCGUCCAUCACGUACUGACAAUCAAACGAGUGCGAGCUCGACAUCAAGUCUGUGUCUCACGGCUGUCUCAGUGUCCUGUGGACGUCUCUCUUUGUCCCCCUCUGUUCACUAAAGUUCCAACAAGCAGCCUCUACAAACACCGCGGGGCUUUCACUCUGCGUUCUGUUGCAGCGUUUUCUCUCGCAUGAACACUCCCGGGGGAGCCGACGAUACGAGGCAAAAUGUGUGUGUUAUUAAUAAGAAAGAACGAAAGAACGAAAGAACGAAAGAGCGCCGCUCAUAAAUGAUUCAUAUCAUGUGUUAUCUCCGUGAGGGAGACCCAAGCAAAGAGGGGAGCCAGCUCUGAUCCUCUGCCUGGCUCCUCUGCACUGCUCUGGGCUUGACUCGCUGGCCUGUCUGUCUCUCUGUGGAGCUCUGGCUCUCAUCCUGCCCUCGCUGUCGCCUUCUCUGUUCCUUACUCUCCUUUCUUUUCCCUUUCCCUUCACCUCCUACCUUCCCCUCAUCUCAGCUCAACCCCUCCUCUUCCUCCUGCUCCCCCUCCUCCUCGUCUUCCUCCGUCUUGUCUCUCGAGUGGAGCUCUGCACUGAAUUUUUCAUCACAAGCCACCUGCUGCCUGCCUGAGCCAAAGAAAGCUGCCACCAGAGGCACAGACAGAGGGCCCGGCUUCUGACAUAAAGAGAGGAAUAAAAGCAUAAAAAAGAAGAAGCAGCAGAAUAAAGAUUGGUAGAGAGACAAUGAUUUUCCCAGUGUGAGAUUAGCUGGAGCUUUUCUCCAGUUUCAACAAAAGGCAAAAUUGUCUUCAGGAUUUAAUUGCUUUCGAUUGCUGUAAUUGCUUUAUCUUCUUUUUUUUUCUACCUUUUGAAAGCGUUUGGGCGACACUCAGCUUCACAGUGAUUUGAAAAGAGGCAGCAGGUAGUGGUGCUAUCUCACUUUAAGAAGAAAAAAGAAGACGCAGUUAAUGGAUGAACUAGAAAAAAAAAAAAGAGUCAGUUUAAGGAAAACUCAGCGCGGAUUUUCUCACUUCACUUUUUUGAUGGUUGUGGUUUUAUUGGUGCAGGUUUUGAGGUUUGCUGAAUCGUCACAUACAGGAACAUUUGACUGAUGUUAGUCCAGAUCUCAUGUUUAGUCCUGAGUCACAAAUGAAAACGUCGCCACCUUUGUCGUAUCUGCGCAGACUUCACACACAGAACUACUUUCCCGUGUCACGUGUGAUGAAGACGGUUGUUCAAACACGCAAUAAAUUCAUUUGUUGACUGUAAAUGACGAUGGAGGACAUGUUGGGCCCCCAUAAGUGAAGCCAGUAUAGUGAAGAGCCACGGUUCUCACACUGUGGUUCCGUGUACCGCCAGUGGUACUUGGAGGGAAAUCAGAAACACUGACCGGGGUAUGAGGUCAGAGUGGAGCUGAGGACGUUUGACCGGAGUGUGUAGAAAUGUAGAAUAAUUAGAGUCAGCUCAUCUCUCGCUCCAUCUUUAUCUAAUGUCACUAUACCAGUGUGUGAGGAAGAGGAGGAUGAUGAUGAUGAGAGAGCUCCUGUGAGUACAGCUUUUCAACCGCGUCGCCUCCGCGUCAGCAGAGGAUUUCUAUCACGUAUGUACACGUUUUGUUGACUCUAGUUGGAGUUAUUUGAUCAUGUGAUUGACACGUGACUAUCCCGACCAUAAAUGACGUCACACACAUCUUUACAGUCUGAGGCUGAGCUGCUAACAACGACUUUACAGUUUAUUGAAACUCAUACAUUGCACAAAAGAGUGACAUACUGUACAGUGUAGCAGUUACUACUAUCUGACCUUGACUUCAUGAUGAUGGAGACAGAAAAAAGCUCAAAACCUGAACCAAUGAAACCAAAACUGUUAAAAAGACUUAAUGUCUCUGAUGGUAAAUGUAUUUUUCUAAACAGUGUAGUAAUCUGGGUAAAUGAAUCCUGCAAUAAUAAUAAUAAAAAUAAUAAUAAUGA